ACCAAGCUAAAUAAUUCGUAUAUAUUGAAGUGGCAGCUACUUGCGUUCCACAUUUGUAAAUUUCCUAUAGCAGACAUGACAAUGUGGCUGCUUCUAACUUUUUGCGUGUUGGCUGGUUCAGUCAGCUCAAUGUCCAUUGGCGACAGAGCAGGCCGCAUCAAUGGAGUGAAUGGUUGGUAUGUGCCCAGCGUGGAUGGCGGUCUUAAAUGGAUGAGCAUGCAGGAUGCAAACCAACAGCUGGCUGCAUAUGAAACUCUUAAUGAUCUGGAAAUCGUUGAACGUAUUUCCCUGAAUGCUGUUACGUUUUAUUUGUAUACGCUAAAUAAUCCCAACGAUGGUCAAGUGAUUAAAGCCAGCAAAGACUCAAUUGAUUCCUCAAACUUUAAUCCCGAGUUUCCUACGAGGAUUACCAUACACGGUUGGAAUUCGAACUACAAAGAUGGCGUCAAUACUGGAGUGCGUGCAGCUUGGUUCCGUUCAGGCAACUACAAUAUGAUUGCUGUGGAUUGGUCCCGUGGACGUUCCCUGGAGUAUGCCUCAUCGGUAGCAGCUGCCGCAUCGGCUGGUGGCAAAGUCUCUACCCUAAUUGACUAUUUAGUCAAACAGUACGGCAUGUCCCUGGACACACUAGAGAUUGUGGGCUUCAGUCUGGGUGCCCAUGUGGCAGGACACGCCGCCAAGCAGGUUACCACGGGCACGGUGCAGAAAGUUGUGGGUUUAGAUCCUGCUAUGCCUCUGAUGAGCUACGAUAAGCCAGCUAAGCGUUUGUCCAGCAACGAUGCCUACUACGUGGAGACCAUUCAGACAAAUGGCGGCACUUUAGGCUACACGAGGCCUAUUGGCCGUGCUGUCUUCUAUCCGAAUGGCGGCAAAUCGCAGCCUGGUUGUGGACUCGAUCUGACUGGCAGCUGUUCGCACACACGUGCCGUCUCAUACUACGUGGAAGCGCUGACGAUUGACAACUACCUCAGCAUCAGUUGUCCAUCGUACGAGUACGCCAACAAGAAGGAUUGUUGUGGCAGCUCUGUGCAGAAUAUUUUCUAUGUGCCCGUAAAUAAGGAAUCACCUUAUGGUUACGGAGAGGUGGAUGGCGAUGACUCCACAACAAAGGCUCCUGAAGAACCAACAACUACGGAUCCCGAGAACGAAACUGAAGCAGACACAACUACCGCGCCAGAAGAUGGAGAAACAACUCCGUCUCCUAGUAGUGACUCAACUACGACGACUACCGAAGCAGCUGAGACAUCAACUUCUUCCAGCGCAACCACUGAAGAUGAAACCGAAGCGGAUACAACAACGAUUGAACCUGAAGCUGGAGAAACAACUGUGUCACCUGGCAAUGACUCAACUACCGAAGGAACUGAAGCAUCAACUUCGUCCAGCGCAACCACUGAGGAAACUGAGGCGGACACAACAACGAUUACCCCUGAAGGUGGAGAAACAACUGCGUCCCCACCUAAUGACUCCACUACCGAAGGAACUGAAACAUCGAUUUCGUCCAGCGGAACCACUGAGGAUGAAACUGAGGCGGACACAACAACGAUUGCCCCUGAGGAUGGAGAAACAACUGCGUCCCCUCCUAAUGACUCCACUACCGAAGAAACUGAGACAUCAGCUCCAACCAGUGCACCUACCACAAUUAUGACUGAAGAUGGUGAAACAACAGUGUCACCUGGUAAUGACUCAACUACUUCGACUACCGAAGGAAUUGAAACACCAGCAACGCCUAGCCCACCCUCAGAGGAUGAUAAGGGAAAAGGUAAUAUUACGAACAUUUAUAUCCUGAAUUUAAUAUUCGUCAAUGCCAAUGUCAACACGAAGCCCGAGUUGAAUUAAGCUCCACGGCGAGUGUCAAGGGAAGCGAAAGGCUUUUCCAAUAAACUUCAAAUGAAAUCGAA